AUGAAGGACCUAUGUGUGAUUUAUUAUGGUAAAUUUUGUUUGAUUAACAAGAUUUGUUAUUCUAAUAAUAGUCUCACUUACAUAAUUUAACGAAAAAAAAAAAAACUUAAAAGUUCAUCAUAAGAAUAAGAAAUUGCCCAGUACAUAAGGUUAUUAAACAAAAUCAAAGACGAAUUUUUAAUUGAUUCGUUUUAUUUUUCUAGUGUCAAUCAUAGAAGCUACUCAGUUAAACUAUUCUUUGGAAAUACGUUUUUGCAUAUUUUUCAAGAGUGGCAGGGGCUAGAACAUCAAGAGAAAGUACUUACAUUCAUUAUUCCACCCUGAGGCCCUUCCUCAGUCCUAUUCAUCUCGCAGCUAAAUUGUGCAUCUGUUUUAAAAUCCGAUUUAUUUCCAAAGUUACAACGAAGCCGUAAUAAAUUGGAAAAAAGUCGGACGUUUUUUGCAGUGGGACGGGAUCGAAUCCACAUAAGGACUACGUAUACUUAUACUGACUCUUUUAUUGACAUUUGUUUUAAGGUCGGAUCCAGACGAUCGUGGUGGUUGGGGUAUUUCACCUCGAGGAGCUGGUUAUACAUUUGGACAAGAUAUAUCGGAAACAUUUAAUCAUACCAAUGGUCUUCAACUUGUAUCUCGUGCUCAUCAAUUGGUUAUGGAAGGUUACAAUUGGUGUCAUGAUAAAAAUGUCGUAACAAUAUUUUCAGCACCAAACUAUUGUUAUCGUUGUGGUAAUCAAGCAGCGAUUAUGGAACUUGAUGAUUCAUUAAAAUAUUCAUUUCUUCAAUUUGAUCCAGCUCCACGUCGUGGUGAACCACAUGUAACACGUAAAACGCCAGACUAUUUCCUUUAA